GGGGUGUCACAGCGGGGACAGACACGGACACGACGGAGCGGACACAUGCAGGGGGUUGGCACCUAUGGACACGGGGGGACACGGACACGAGGGGGACACACGGACAGGGAAGCGAGAGGCGGUCACGGAGGGACUCGGACACCAGGGGGCGGCCACGGACACGGAGGGGACACCGGGAUGGGGACACCGGGAUGGGGACACCGGGAUGGGGACACCAACCCUGCCAGGGGACACAGACACGGGGGGGUCCCUGUGCUGCCGGGGGUGGUUCACACACGUGGGCGAUGUGUGAACCCCCAGCACACGCGUGUGCAAACGUGCAGCGCCACACGCGUGGGUGUCCCCGUGUGUGUCCCCCACCCUCGGGUGCUCCCGUGGUCACCGGGACGCUCUGGCGGUGUCGGGGGGACACUCAGCACCCCAGGAAAGGACCGGGGGGUCCGGAGAGAGGCAGGGGGUGCUGAUUUGGGGUGCUGCCCCCUGCCCCCCCGGGCCGGYUACGCCCUGACAGGGUGACACGGGACAGCCGGACCCGCCCGUUCCUCUUCCCCACACCARGCAGCGGCGGCCGGAGCGCAGGCUCCGGGUGCAGUGGAGGGACCAUGGGGGUCCCUGCGGCCCCGCUGCUGCUGCUGCUGCUGCUSCCSGUGACCUCCGCGACCCCCGCGCCCACCACAUUCCCCUGUCCGGCCCUGCAGCCGGACUCUUCCCAUGACCUGGACCUGACCAACAGGAGCCGCGGAUGUGCCGAGCUGGACUGGGGCCGGUUCCAGCGGCAGCGCCGGGUGGUGCUGAGGCACAACGGCAUCGAAGCGCUGAGCCCCGGCUCCCGCCUCGGCCCGGCCACGGAGGAGCUGGACCUGGCGGAGAAUCGGCUCCGGGAGCUGCCCCGGGGCUUUUUCGCCAACGCCUCUGCCCUGCGGACCCUGAGGUUGGAGGGGAACCCUCUCCCCUCCGUGCCCCCCGCCGCUUUCCAGCCCUCCCUGAGCUCCCUGUCCAUGUCGUGCCGCUGCGACCUGCUGGCCACCGUGCUGGCCCCCUGCGCUCGCCCGGGCAUCCGCUGCCUCUGCCUCACGGGCCACGGGCGAUCCUUCAACGUGACGGAGUUCCAGGGGCGGCAGUGCGGGCUCAGCGUGGCGCUGGUGGCCGGGGUGGCCGGGGCGGUGGCCGCGGUGGCCGUGCUGGUGGCCGUGCUGGUGGCCGUGCUGGUGCAGCGGCGGCGGAGAGCGGUGGCCGCGGUGGCCGGAGUGGGCUGGGGGAAGCAGGACACGGCCGGAGGCAUCCGGCAGCCCCGCUACGUCAGCCGGGACACCGGGAUCGGCACCGCCGAUGGCACCGAUGGCACCGAUGAUGGCACCGAUGGCAACGACGCCCCCGACUACGAGAAUGUCUUUGUGAGCCCCGGCACGGCCCCGGCCGCCGGGAGGGGAUGGACACCGGGGUGGCAGCAGCAGCGGUGCAGCCCCCCGCUCCCCAUGGAUGAGGAUUAUUUCCUGGGCAGCGCGGCCGAUGCCGGGGAUCAGCCCAUCUACGCCAACACCCUGGGCCGCACCGAGGAUCUCUACAUCGUUCCGGACCAGUGAGGGGCUGGGGGACACCGGGAGGGUUGGGUGACACCGGGAGGGCCGGGGGGACCCGCUCUGUCCCCUCUGAUGCCCUUUCUCCGCUGUCCCCUGCUCAGAGGGGUCAGGGCUGGACAUCCCCGCACGGGGAACGCCCCUGCUGGGGGAUGGGGUUUGACACCUCCGGCCCCAUCCCCUCCUUCGCCCCGUUCUCACCCCGGCCCCGGGGCUGAGCUGUCGUUCGGUCCCGGCGCUGCGGCCGCCGACAGCGGGGACACCUCGGGCCGCAUCCGCCGGCAGCGGCACCGGAGCUUUCCGGGCCACCGGGGCCCCCCGGGACCGGCUGGAGGAGCCGGGGCUGGCGCUGACCACGGCCUGGGUUCCUCUUCCCCUUUCGGGGCCGGUGGGGAGCGGGUGCGGGACAUCCGGUGCCACCUGCGCCCKCUUUUCCUGCGAAAUCCGCCGCUUUGGGGAACAAAGGGAAAGUUCCUUUUUUAAUCCUCCCGGAGGUUGGGCACCGCGGGGACACGGGGACAGCGUGGAUUGUCUGGGUGUCCCCCCAGCCCCUGGGACACGGGGACAGCGUGGAUUGUCUGGGUGUCCCCCCAGCCCCUGGGACACGGGGACAGCGUGGAUUGUCUGGGUGUCUCCCCCAGCCCUUGGGAGGCUUCUCCAUGCCCCAUUAAAUGGUUUAAUUAUCUCUAAUUAAAGAAGGGAGCCCUGGGGAGCUCCCAGUGCCUCUGUCCCCAAAGCAGGGGGUCCCAAGGGACCCUCAAGGACUUGUCCCCAAAGCCUUUGGGGUCCCAAGAACCCUCCAGUCCCUGUCCCCAGAGUGGCCACCUCCAUCUCCUGCAUCCCUCAAUUGCUGCUCCCCAAAUCCCCCACCCCAAAACAAGGAUCCCAAAUUCCACAUCCCCCAAACCCAGCCCCCACCAGGAGCUGGGGAGGGGCCGGACAGCCCAGGACACCCCCAAAUCACCCUGGAGCAGGGGACAGAGAGGAGCUGUGAGCAGCCAUGGGGUGUCCCUCGGGGACCCGCGGGUGCCACCACCCUCUGAGUGGGGUCCCCACCCUUUGGGUGCCCAGGGGGUCCCCCGGAGGCUCCUGGGGAAGGGGCAGUGGCCACGUCCCGGGGGUCAGGGCUGUGCCCGGGCCCUCCCCAAGGACACUCACGACUCAAAGGUCCCUGGGAGCUGUGCCCAGCCAUUACUCACACCCUGGCACGGAAAAACCACGAGGAUUUACCAGCAAAUCUGCACGGAGCCACAUCCCAGAGGAGCUGAGGGUCCGCUCAGAGAACCCCCCAAACUGGGCAGGAGGAGCAGCCAGAACCUCUGUUAUAAUCACUUUAUUAAUUUCYAUGAUUAUCACAUCUUUCCUGUUUUAUAGAAAUAUAUAAAAUAGAAAUGUGCAAAACCCCUCCCUCUUUCCCCAAGAAAAAAGGAUAAUUUGCUAUAAAAUACAAUAAGUUAGAAAUAAAUAACUGGGUUCUGUAAAUAAG